AUGGAGGCGGCAAUCGCAGAGGCGGACAGACAGCUGGCCGAGUUGCUGCAGCUGCAGCAGGUUCAACAGAAGCAAGACCUCAUGCGGCUCUCAGAAGCUCACGCUGUGUCUAACGCGGAUGCCGCGUUCCGCAGGGGCCUGGAAGAGCUGAUCCAGGACCACCUUAACACGUGUUUGGCCCUUGCCAACUGCGGCACGGCCACUCAACAUCCCCAACCUUACUUGAGCCACCCACUAGCCGCUGAGGGGCCAUCUCAAAGUGGCGUCCCGUCUGCCAGUGCUGUCGGUUCCCCCGAGUCGGCAAAUAACAGCAGCUCAGGUGGUGUUGGAAGCAGUGGGACGGCUUCUGAUGGAGCUGGGAGCAACUGUUGCAUGACCGCUCUCUGUGGAGGUGUCAGCGUGACGAUGGAUGACGCUACUCUGCCAUCGCUGCUUCGUGAUGCCUCAGACAGUAACAUUGAGAGCCAUGGUUUCAUCCCUGCUGUUGACAGCAUUGGGUUGGCUGGUUCUUCCGCCCAAGUGCACAAUGCCGUUGCAACGACCGUUGAAGACGUUGAAGCCGCAGCCGCGGCAGCUGCAGCUGUAGCAGGCAUCGCUGCCGCUGAUGUGGGUAGCAACGCGACAGGGAGCGGGAAUGUGUCGUCCUCCCCCACGCAAGAGGUUGUGGCUCAUGCGCAGCAGCGGUGGGACGAGGUGCAGGCGGAUGCGGAGGCGAUCAGGCUGGCGCUGGAGCGAGAGGCGAGGGAGCGAGAGUUGCUGCGACUCGCAGAGCUGCAUGCCGCCAGCGUGCUCGAUGACGCCUUCCUCUCCUCGCCUCCCCUCGCCUCGCGCUCUCCCCCUGAGGACCCAGCAGAUUAUGCGAUAGCCGACCAUCCGGACGCGUCUGUGAUCCACAUGUGGCCGCCUCUUGAGCAGCCUCUGCCUGCUUAUAGCCCAGACGGGCAGACAGGAAGCCCUGAGGAGGUGCUUGAGAGUGAUGCGGAACAGACGAGUGAGGGAAUUCAGGUGCAAGGGGGGGUUACAAUGGAGGGGGUCGAAACGGCAGGCAGCACAGGCUCCCGCGGGUCUGUGCGCGGUCACUCGCCAGGCUACUUAUCUGCCUCGCCUGGCGGCAGCAACUUGUCAUCCUCCCAACCAUCACCACGAGCCUCAGCGCCGCUCGCGGCCAGCGUUGCUGUGCAACCCAGCGUUGUCAUGGGCGCGGACAGCACCAUGGAGCUGGAUGGGAGCAUGGACGGGGAAGCGCGUCUGAUGCAGCUGCUGCUGCGCGUGGAGAGGGAGCGGCAGCGGGAGCUAGCAGCACUGCUCUCCUUCAGAGCUGUCACCGAGUCCUCCUCACGCCACCGCCUCCAGGCGUGGAUGCAGCGCCGGAACUUGCUGACGCAGCAGGAGCCGGUGGAGGAGGAGGACGAAGAGCAGCCACAGAUGACCGAGGUGCAGGAGGAAAUAGGAGCGCUGCGAACGCACCGAUUUGUUUCUGGGAUUGAGUCUCAGUUCAGGUCCAACUUGGAGAGCCUGAUUGCUCUCGGCCCGACACGUGCAUGGCAGCAACGGAGCUUGCGGCAGUUUUCAGCAGCAGCAGCAGCAGCAGCAGCAGUUGAACACACCUGCUCAAGGCAAUCCGAGCGCCCCACAGGGCCAGGCUCCAUGGGCACGGGGCCUCGACUGCUGCCGCCUGCUCCCUCCCCUCCUCCUCCCUUCGGCACGCCUCCCCUAACAGAGUACAAUGAGGAAUUGCAGGAGCUUCUUAGCCGGCGCAGUGUGACAACGCUGUUGACAUCAGAGUUCCGCCACCGUCUGGAGCAUCUCAUCCACUCCUUCAUCACGCUGCGAAGGCCCUUGGCUGCUGCCACUGCCGUGCCUUCGCCUGCCGCCGUUUUAACCCCUGUGCAGCGCCGCCAGCAGCAGAGGCAGCAGCGACGCCAACAGCAGCAGCAGCAGCAGCAGCAGUCGCAGCCGCAGGAGCCAGGCCAAGUUAAUGGGAAUGAGAACGGGGAAUCAGAGGUGCCUGCUGGUGCAACUGCAGCUCGCCAGCCACCCAUUCCUCCCCCACCUCCCCAGACUCCCCUCUGGCAAAUGCCGCUCAACGCCCAUGCUGGCCCGCCCAUGGGUGGAGGGAUGGGAGUGCGUGGGGCACAUGCAUAUGGUGGAGGGUUCAACCAGCACCACACACAGCGCUACAUGGACCAUGGGUGGUUGGAGGUGCGUGACGAGGUGAGGGCCAUGGAGGCGAGGAUGCAGGAGCAGAUGCAGCGAGUGGAGCAGGCCAUGGAGGUGUGCCUCUCCAUGAUGUCUGAGCUGCAGCGCGCACAGCGCCAGGAGCUAGCCGGGGCACUGCGUCGCGUCUACGACUCCGGCAGAGGUGUGCCACAGGAGGCACUGGACGGACAUAAAUGGGCUCUCAUUCGCUCCGGCACUUGCUGUGUCUGCUGCGACAAACCCAUCGACUGCUUGCUGUAUCGGUGUGGCCACAUGUGUGCUUGUGUGGGGUGUGCAAACGAGCUCAAGAGGAGGGACCAGAACUGCCCCAUCACCAUGGCCGAGCCGUUGUCACAGGAGCCGAUGCACUCACAGGGACUAUACGGCGAGCGGGAUUCCACUCAAGGUCGAGGCGCCGGUGACCCGCUGCGUUUCCUGGAGUUUUCGACGCAGGGCGAGGAUGGGGAGUAUGAGUACGCGACGCAGUUCCACGAUCUCAGCCAGCCGUCGCGGCCGGACGGCGUGGGGAGCGGAGGUUGGGUGGACUCGCACUUAGGAGCGUCGAAUUCCGCGGAUCAUGCUGACGCGCUACGAGCGGAAGCAGCGUAUAGGAAUGACAGCGCCGCGAGUCAGGCCGGCGCGUUCGCGGAAAAUGGCCUGUCGGCGCGGGACGACGCAGGGCGGGCGGGGAUGGGCGCGAGCGAGGCCGGCGCAGCGGGUGGGAACGGCGUGGCCGCGGCGGAUGCGCUGAGCGCGGCGAUGAACGAUCUGAGCUUCGACGAGAUGGGCGAAGAGGACGCGAUGGAUUUCCCCGCCACGGACCUGCCGGAGCACGCGUGCAAGUACUGCGGCAUCCACAACCCCGCGUGCGUCGUGCGCUGCAACUUCCCCACGUGCCGCAAGUGGUUCUGUAACUCGCGCGGCAACACGUCCGGCUCGCACAUCGUUAACCACCUCGUGCGCGCGAAGCACAAGGAGGUGUGCCUGCACCGGGACAGCCCGCUGGGCGAGACCAUCCUCGAGUGUUACAACUGCGGGUGUCGCAACGUGUUCCUGCUGGGCUUCAUCCCCGCCAAGGCGGAGUCGGUGGUGGUGCUGCUGUGCCGCGAGCCGUGCCUGUCCGUGAACGGGCUCAAGGACAUGAACUGGGACCUGCUGCAGUGGCAGCCGCUCAUCCACGACCGCUGCUUCCUCUCCUGGCUCGUCAAGGUGCCAUCAGAGCAGGAGCAGCUGCGCGCGCGGCAUCUGAGCGCGCAGGCGGUGAACCGUCUGGAGGAGCUGUGGAAGACCAACCCCACCGCCUCUCUUGACGACCUUGACAAGCCCGGCGUGGACGACGAGCCGCAGCCCGUCGCGCUCAAAUACGAGGACGCUUACCAGUACCAAAACGUGUUUGGCCCGUUGGUGAAGCUGGAGGCGGAUUAUGACAAGAUGAUGAAGGAAGCACAGACCAAGGACAACAUCACAGUGCGCUGGGACGUGGGGCUCAACAAAAAGAGGAUCGCCUACUUCGUCUUCCCCAAGGAGGAGAGUGAGCUACGGCUGGUGCCAGGAGAUGAGCUGCGGUUGAAGUACCCAGGGGAUCCCAUCCACCCCGCAUGGCAGUCUGUUGGCCACGUGAUCAAGCUAACGCCACAGGAGGAGGUGGCGGUGGAGCUGCGAGCAGGCCAGGGGGCGCCAGUGGAGGUGACACACGGGUUCAGUGUGGACUUUGUGUGGAAGAGCACGUCCUUUGACCGCAUGCAGGCUGCCAUGAAGCUCUUUGCUGUCGAUGAAACCUCCGUCUCUGGGUUCAUCUACCACCGGCUGCUGGGCCAUGAUGUGGAGCCACACACGGUGCGCAACGUCAUGCCCAAGCGCUUUGGCGCGCCCGGCCUGCCCGAGCUCAACCACUCGCAGAUCUCAGCGGUGAAGAGUGUGCUGCAGAAGCCGCUGAGUCUCAUCCAGGGCCCGCCAGGCACGGGCAAGACAGUGACAUCGGCGGCCAUAGUGUACCACUUGGCGCGGCAGGAGCAGGGGCAGGUGCUGGUGUGCGCGCCCAGCAACGUGGCGGUGGACCAGCUGGCGGAGAAGAUCAGCAUCACCGGCAUCAAGGUGGUGCGGCUGUGUGCCAAGUCAAGGGAGAGUGUGAGCUCGCCUGUGGAGCAUCUCACCCUGCACCACCAGGUGCGCAAUCUGGAGGAGGCGGAGAAGGGCGAGCUGCACAAGCUCAUGAUGCUCAAGGAGGAACAAGGCGAGCUGUCGAGUGCGGAUGAGAAGAAGUUCAAGGCAUUGAAGCGCGUGGCAGAGAGGGAGAUCUGCCAGAGCGCAGACGUCAUCUGCACCACCUGUGUGGGCGCAGGUGACCCGCGCCUCUCCAACUUCCGCUUCCGACAGGUGCUGAUAGACGAGUCAACGCAGGCCACGGAGCCCGAGUGCCUCAUUCCCCUCGUCAUGGGCGCCAAGCAGGUGGUGUUGGUGGGGGACCAUUGUCAGCUGGGUCCAGUCAUCAUGUGCAAGAAGGCAGCCAGGGCGGGCCUCGCCCAGUCACUCUUUGAGCGCCUCGUGCUGCUCGCUGUCAAGCCCAUCCGCCUCCAGGUGCAGUACCGCAUGCACCCAUGUCUAUCGGAGUUCCCCAGCAACACGUUCUACGAGGGCACGCUGCAGAACGGCGUGGCGGACGCGGACCGCUGCCUGCCUGGCAUCGACUUCCCCUGGCCCGUGCCCAACCGCCCCAUGAUGUUCUACGUGCAGUUGGGGCAAGAGGAGAUGAGUGCGAGUGGGACGUCGUACCUGAACCGCUCAGAGGCCUCGCAUGUGGAGAAGGUCGUCACGCUCUUCCUGCGCAACGGAUGCAUGCCGCACCAGAUAGGGGUGAUCACGCCGUACGAGGGGCAGCGCGCGUACAUUGUGACGCACAUGGCGCGCAACGGCCCUCUGCGCCAGCAGCUCUACAAGGACAUUGAGGUGGCGAGUGUGGAUUCGUUCCAGGGUCGUGAGAAGGACCUCAUCAUCCUGUCAUGUGUGCGCAGCAACGAGCAUCAGGGCAUUGGGUUCCUGAACGACCCGCGGCGGUUGAACGUGGCGCUAACACGUGCCAAGUACGGGGUGGUGCUGCUGGGCAACGCCAAGGUGCUCUCCAAGCAACCGCUCUGGAACCUGCUGCUCACGCACUUCAAGGAGAGGGAGGCGCUAGUGGAGGGCCCGCUCACGAACCUCAACCAGAGCAUGGUUCAGUUCCACAAGCCCUCCAAGCCGCACUUUGACCGGCGCAUGCCAUCAUCGGGCAUGGUGGCGCUGGGAGCACCAGAGCCCUUCGUCCCCACGCUCACACCCACCGGCGGGUUCUCCCACCCAUCAUCGGACCUCAUGGCCCAGCAGCGCCACCAGCAGCACAUGGGGCAGCCCGCCUCUGGCGGGGGGAAGCAGGAGCAGGCGGGGGGCAUGCAGUCGCAGUACUCUCAGGGCACCAACCUGCCUGCUGACCUCAUGACCCAGGACUUCAACUAUCCGCACAUGCCCGAUCCGUCACUCGGCUUUGGCCUCCCCUCGCGCCCUCUCUCGCAGUCGCAGCAGCCUGGGCCCUUCUCACACCACCCAGCAGAUGGUCCCUCCACUCAGCACUUUGCCUCUCAGGCGUUUGGCAGCAACCAGCUGUUCACUCAGCCCUACUCGCACUUCACGCAGCAGCAGCCAUCGCAGCAGCAGCAGCAGAGGCAGGGAUCGUAUAACGGGUAG